AUGGUCAGCUCCUGUUGUGGCUCUGUCUGCUCUGAGCAGAGCUGUGGCCUGGAGACCUGCUGCCGCCCCACCUGCUGCCAGACCACCUGCUGCAGGACCACCUGCUGCCGCCCCAGCUGCUGUGUGUCCAGCUGCUGCAGACCCCAGUGCUGCCAGUCUGUGUGCUGCCAGCCCACCUGCUGCCGCCCCAGCUGCUGCAUCUCCAGCUGCUGCAGGCCCCAGUGCUGCCAGUCUGUGUGCUGCCAGCCCACCUGCUGCCGUCCCAGCUGCUGCAUCUCCAGCUGCUGCCGCCCCUCCUGCUGUGAAUCCAGCUGCUGCCGCCCCUGCUGCUGCCUGCGUCCAGUCUGUGGCCGAGUCUCCUGCCACACCACUUGCUAUCGCCCAACCUGUGUCAUCUCCACCUGCCCCCGCCCCUUGUGCUGUGCCUCCUCUUGCUGCUAA